CAGACCUAAACAAGCCUCAUCGUGCUGUUGAGCCUCAAAGACGCCGGGGAAUGUAUCAAGUAUAUUGCAGGACAGGCGGGGACUCAUCUUACGUCUUGUCGUUUCAAUCUCCUCACGAUUUGAGCUCAUUUUGCGAAAAUGUCAAAAACCUUCUCGCGCCGUUAAGCUUAUUCUUCUUUUCACUCUCUUCUUACCUUUGUCGUUCUUUUCAGAGUACCAUAUCAUCCAAGAAGCUUUAGUCUUCGUUUCAGUCCUUACUUUCAUUCUUUGUAAGAAUUAAAAAUGCAUUUCACUACUGCUGUUGCUGCUUCCGCCGUUUUGGCGCUGGCCACUGCUAGCAGUUUGGCCGGCCAGGCAACAUUCUAUGGUGGCAAUGUCGCAGGAGGAGCCUGCUCGUUCUCGACCUAUACUCUUCCUUCUGGCAUUUUUGGCACUGCUUUGUCCGACUCGAACUGGGAUACUGCAGCGAACUGUGGAGCAUGUGUGUCAGUCACUGGCCCGUCAGGAAACAGCAUCACUGCUAUGAUCGUCGAUGAAUGCCCAGGCUGCGGAACAAAUCACCUCGAUCUCUUUCCUGAUGCCUUCGCUGCUCUCGCAAACCCCACCACUGGAGUCAUCGACGUCACUUGGGAAUAUGUUGAUUGCCCGAUCACAUCGCCUCUCGAAGUCCACAACAAGGAAGGUGUCUCGGCAUACUGGUUCAGCAUGCAGGUCGUGAAUGCUAACCAAGCUGUAUCCUCUCUGGAGGUCAGUACUGAUGGAGGGAGCACUUGGCAAUCAACAACGAGACAGACCUACAACUUCUUCGAACAAUCUUCUGGCUUUGGAACAACGACCGUGGACAUCAAGGUCACCAGCGAUAGCGGUGAUGUUGUUAUUGUCAACAACGUGGAUGUUAGCAGUGGGGCUUCUACAACAGCAUCUGGCAACUUCGGUUCUUCCGGAUCUUCUUCUGUCGCUACUUCAUCUACUGUCGCUGCAGUUGUCGCUUCGUCGUCAUCAACUCCAGUUGCAGCCUUUAUGGAAUCUACAUCAGUCUUCGAGACGACUACCUCUUCAUCUGCUCAGGUCACCGGCUCAGCAGGAGGUGUGUUCCAGGAAGUCAGUUCCAGCUCAUCAGACGCCACGACCAAGCACACCACUCUGUCAUCCACCACGACACUUUACAAAACCAUUACCGUCCCAAAAUCUACCUCAACAUCUACGACUUCGUCACCAACCAUCACAGCUUCAUUCAAUUCCUCGCUCGUCGCCUACUCCACUCCAGUCGCAAACUCUUCAACCGCUCUCCCAAGUGGGUACUCAAUCAGCGUGUUGACUAUCUCUAUGUGCAAGCCUACGGUCUUGUACAGCGUCUUCCCAGUCCCUUCUUCGAGUUCGACUUCUUCGCCGAGCCCAGCCGCCACAGGAGUUGCGUCCUACUCCGCCAACAUCACUCUCUCCGCUCCAACCUCAACACCAACUGCCUUCACGGGCUCCGCAUCUAGUAUGCAAGUCUCACUUGUCCUCGUUGGCUUUGCCGGCCUCAUUACUUUCUUGAUCUAGAUCCAUCAUGGGAUGGUUACUUUAGGGGGUGUUUUUGGUUUGGUGUGCUGCGAUGAGCCACGAUAUACUUGAUGUAUUUGCUUUAAUCUGUAUAUACUUAUUUUACGUUCUUGGGUCGGGAUGUCUGGAUUCCUCCCGUCGGUGGCACUUUGUGAGAUAUUUAGGUAGCUGAAUGGAU